AUGGGUGACAAUAAUCCCAACAAUUCAGAUGGAAUGCAAUUAUUGAAGACUCUCCUCACUGCAGAUGUACCCUAGGAAGGCUCUGUUAUGCAAGCUAUUCGAAAUAAAGUCAAUUCAUUGCUCAAUAACAAAUAAUAGAUAUCCAUCUUAUAAGAAUUACAAUAGGCAAAUCUUGAUAACGAAUUCAAGGAGAUGAAUGACAAUACACUCAUGGGACUAAAUGCCAUCUAUUUUUCAUCUGUCGUCCUCACAUAAUUUAUGUUCACCAGAAAGGUCAGCAAAGUCGUUUUCCUUCUCAGUUGUGCUUACUUCAAUUUCUACAUCAUCCAACCCAUCGAGAUCGAAUACAAACUACGCAAAUUGGCAUUGCAAAAUACUCUUGCAGGACAGGAAGUCAGAAAUCUGUACAGAUUCUACUUUAAGGAUCAUGAAUUUACUAGGGAGAUGACAGAAAAGUGCAAAUUGUAUGCAUAGGCUGAUGAAAUUAAAAAAUAAAUUUAUUCCAGAAAAUUGUGA